AUGGAAGUUUUCGAAUUUUCUGAUGAGCAUAACCACCCGAUGAUCGAGGAAAAUUUGAGACAUUUUAUAUUGUCUGGCCGAAAUCUUACAACUGCUACUAAAGACAUUCUCAGUUCUAUGGUAGAUGCUGGUAUUCGCACCAAAAAAGUUGUUCGUUACCUUCAAAAUGAAGCAGGUGGUAUUGAAAAUGCUAGAUUUAUUGAACAAGAUGCUCAUAACUUCAUACAAGCACGUAAAAGAAGUAUGAUUAACAGUGGAGAUGCUCAAACUCUUGUGGAUCGUUUUAUGCAUAUGCAAUCAGAGGAUUCAAGCUUUUUUUACUCUUUUCAAGUUGAUGAAGAUGGAAGGAUGUGCAACUUUUUCUGGAGAGAUAGUAUAUCUAAAUUGCAUUAUGAGUGUUUUGGAGAUGUGAUGAUUUUCGAUUCUACAUAUCGUACAAAUAAAUAUGAUAUGAUUUGUGCUCCAUUUGUGGGUGUAAAUAAUCUUUUGAAAAAUAUUUUUUUUGGAUGUGCAUUCUUAAGUGAUGAAACAACUAGUUCUUUUGUUUGGCUAUUUCGUACUUUUUUGAAGGCAAUGCGAGGCAUAUCACCCAAAACUAUAUUUACCGAUCAAGCUCCUGCAAUAGCGGCUGCUAUUAAAGAAGUUUUUCCUGAUACUUGUCAUCAUUUAUGUAAAUGGCAUAUUGAUAGGAAUGCCCAAAAGAAUAUACCUCAACUUUAUUGGAAAUCGGGAUUUAGAGAAAAAUAUUUUGAUAAACUCUUAUGGAGGUGCAAGUCGGAAUCAGAGUUUGAGUUGGUGUGGCAAAAAAUGAUUGAAGAAUGGGAUUGUGGGAGUAAUAGUUGGCUCCAAAGGUUAUAUGACUUGAGGGAAAAGUGGUGUCCUGCAUUUAGUCGAUCUAUUUUCUUUGCGGAUAUUAAAUCAACUCAGAGGAGUGAGAGCACUAAUAGAGUCUUCACAGAAAUGGCUUGCAAGACUAUGAGUUUAACUGAAUUUGUUAAUCAUUAUGAGCAACGGGCAGCUGAAAUGCGUGACAUUGAGGCGACAGAAGAUUAUAAAUGUCGAGGAACACCUAAACUUGCAAUAGAUGAUUGUAGGUUAUUAAAGCAUGCUGCAACUUUAUACACUAGAACUAUAUUUACCAGAUUUCAACAUGAAUUUUUGCAGGGGAUAUCUAAAAAGGUGAUCAAUACUGAAAUUAAUGGCACCUGUCACACAUACACAAUCCUCAAGGGAGAAGGCGGACAAAUUGAGACAUUGCAAUUCAAUUCUAUGGACAAUUCCAUAAGUUGCAGUUGUCUUAUGUUUGAAUCUUUGGGUUGGUUAUGUUGCCAUGCACUAAAAGUUCUGUUUAUUGACUUGAAUUUUUCUUAUAUUCCUGCACAAUAUAUUUUGAAAAGAUGGACAAAGAAUGCUAAACAAGGGAAUGGUUUCGAGGAGUGCAGCAAUAAAAAGAAAACAUCAACUUCAUCUAUGGCUAUUCACUUAAACGGGUUGAUGAAAGAAUCAUUUACAGUUAUGACUUUAGCUGCAAAUGAUGCCGAUACAUCUGUUGGCCCUUCUUUGGGAUUCAAUGAUCAAGUUUUGGAUCCAAUUAAGAAAAAGGGUAAUCGAAAUGGAUACGGAAGAUUAAAACCAAGAACUGAGCAAAAGAAGAGGCGGGCACCACAAAAGACAUUAAAAGCUAGAGCAACAGAACAACAUGAGCAACAAUCCUUGGGGUUAAAUUUUGAGUUAUAUGGAGAUCAAAACACUAGCUUCACACAACUGUUGACUCAGGCUUCAACUAACCAAAUUGGAGGUGGCAUUGAGAACCAAAGUUCAAACAUCACUGGAAAAAAUGUUGAUUUUAGUGGCCAAGCCAAUUGA